AUGGCUGCUCGGGAUCGCGAGGUUGACCCCCUGGCCGUUCAUGCCAUAUGUUUGAAACGUGGGACAAUUGAUUCCAUCGCAGAUGAGAUCUACAAACUCGCAGACUGGCUCGAGAAAGUGUUCGAUGUCACCGUUCCCUUGGUGAUGGUCUACCUAUAUCUCUUUUCACGGCGAUUCCUCACUGGCCGACUAAAACGAAGACAAGGUCCGAUCUUUGACGUGAUGUUGGGCGUGCUGGUUUGA